AUGGACGACGGGUCCGUUUUGGCGGUGAAACGGCUGAACGAAAAGUCGUCUCAGGGCGAGAGCGAAUUCUGGGCGGAGGUGUCAACGCUGGGCCGAUUGGCCCAUCCACACCUGGUGAAGCUGGUUGGCUACUGCAGCCACCGAGGGGAGCGACUCGUUGCGUACGAGUACAUGCCCAAGGGAAGCCUCAAGGACUACCUUCACGGCUAUGGGAGCCAGAAGGCGAUCCUCGACUGGGCGACGCGAAUGCGCAUCGUUGUGGGUGCGGCGGAGGGUUUGGCGUUUCUGCAUGCGGCGAUCCCGUCGGUGAUCCACCGGGAUUUCAAGAGCAGCAACAUUCUGCUGGAUGGAGAUUUGGGGGCCAGGGUGGCGGACUUCGGGUUGGCGCGAGAGGGGCCCAGCGAGCCGGUCACGCAUGUUUCGACGCAGGUGCGGGGCACGUUGGGCUACUCGGCGCCGGAGUACGUCAUGAGCGGGCGGCUGACGACCAAGAGUGACGUGUACAGUUUCGGGGUGGUACUAUUGGAGCUGAUCACGGGGCGGACGUGCGUCGACCCACUGCAGCCCCCCGGGAUGGAGUACCUCGUCGACUGGGCUAAGCCAAAACUGGGUGUGACCGAAAAGCUGCUCAAGAUCGUGGACCCCGACAUCGCCAGCCGGGUGCCCGUCGAACAACUCCUCCGUCUCGCCUCUGUCGCCGCCUCGUGCCUUCGCAGCAAGCCUCACGACCGGCCGUCCAUGGGGGCGGUCCUCGACCACUUGUUACCCCUCAUUAUGUCGCCCCUCCCUUCCCCCCGGGCUGAUCUGCUCGAGCCGGGCCUGCCGUACUCACCCCCCCAAACCGGGGCGCUUUUAACCGCCCAGGAAAGCAGUCACCAGUACGAACCGGGGGGUGAGACGGGGACGUUGAGUCGGACGCAAAGUUGGGGUUCGGCGGAGAGCUUCGAGACGGCGGAAGUAGGCAGUCCGUGGCAUGCACGGUACUCGUUCGGGCCGCGGCUCGUGAUGAGCGACAGCUCGAUGCAGGAGAAGGCGCGCGAGCAGCAACGAGCGCCGGAGGGCGGGGGGGCGGCCGAGCACCGGAGUUACUGAGGUUGCAAACGAUCAUAUAAGGUGU